AAGCGGUUCAUAAGUGCGAAGUCGUCGAAACCGUUCGUAUGGGCAGAAAUAAUACUUUGUUAAAAACGAAUAGUAACAAACGUGUUUGUUUAUUUUAAGUGUGAGAUAAGAAUUAUUUACUUACAUACAAACUAAAAUGUCGUUAAUACCUUGGCAUACAUCUGGUCCAUCGAGAGCCCUUUUAGAUCCAUAUUUGGGUUUUCGUUUGGAUGAUGACGAUCUUUUGGCUCCUCUAACACUGGCACCAUGGGAAACACGGGCUCCAUGGCACAGACAAGUGAGAAGGCCACGUGAAUCUUACAACUAUGAAUCUCUACUACCUACAAAUUUUGGAUCCAAUAUAAAAGAGGAUAAAGACAAAUUCCAGUUGAAUAUUGAUGUCCAGCACUUCUUGCCGGAUGAAAUUAAAGUCACAGCAUCUGGAAAUACACUGACCGUUGAAGGUAAACAUGAAGAAAAACCCGAUGAACAUGGUUCAAUUUCGAGGCACUUCGUCAGGAGAUAUGUUCUUCCAGAAGAUCACGAUCUAAACCAUUUACAGUCGCACGUAUCAACUGAUGGUGUUUUGACCAUUACUGCGCCGAAGAUACCUGCUGAUGGUAAUGUGGCAAGAACUAUACCAAUUCAACAUACAGGGAAGCCAAAAAGAGUUAUCCUCAAGCACAAGUAAAAACGUAAAACAGCAAUCUUUAUAACCAUCCUGGUACAGUUUAAGUAUUUAGUAUUUGUUGCAUUAUCGGUAUCGCAUGCAACGGUAUGGCAACAGAUUGCAUAGGAAACACGCGUAGUAUAUAUCAUAAAUACACUUAUAUAUGUACAAAAUACGUACAUUACAAAUACAUUUACUCUACGCUUACAGUUUGUAA